AUGGACAGUCGAGUUCAUGCCAUCCUGAGCUCUUUGUGGCCGGCUGCGCGUCGGCCCUUGGCGCCCUUCCUGGUGCUGGGCGUUGACAUUCUGGACGCCUUGGACUUGGCCUCCUGCGAGGAGGCUUCGCCGCCCGCGACCUGGGAGCCAGAGCCCGGUGUGGCUCAAGAAAUUGACGGCAACAGAGAGCUCAGAGAGCUUCCGGGCCCCAUCCCGCCAAGUGCUGCACAGGAGAUUGGGCAGACACUGGCGGAGACCAUCCCAUUCUUUUUGCUGUUAAACUUUGCGGGUGCGGCAAUGGAUCAGGCCCUUGGCGCGACCGGCGCCCCUCCGGGCUUUGUUUUGGCACAGGUGGCCGGCGCAGGAGCAUCGAUGUUUCACAGCGCUGCCGCUGUCAUCGCGGGCGCUGCAAUCGACUUGCUGGAUCGGCAAUAUCGGGAUCGUGAAUGGCGUCCUGAGCCGUGA